AUGUUGCGCUGGUACCAGUCCAAGUUGGCCAAGCGCCCUAUCCUCACAGCCAGCGUCACCAGCGCUGUACGUCUCUCCCCUCUCCGCCCGAUACCCUCCGUCCUCUCGAUCCUGUCGCUAAUUCACAAUCCCAGGUCCUCUUCGCCUCCGGCGACACCCCUCGCUCAACAGGCCGUCGACCGCCGAGGUCUCGAGAAGCACGACUUUGCCCGCACCGGGCGCAUGGCCCUCUACGGCGGAGCCGUCUUCGGUCCCGUCGCUACCAAAUGGUUCGGUAUCCUGCAGCGUCAUGUCGUUCUCAAAACUACCUUGACCACCACCCUCGCCCGUGUCGGCUUUUCUCCGCUCGACAAGUUGAAGCACUCCUGGUUGCCGGCCUACAAGGCCAAUUGUAUGGUCUGGCCGUUUGUGCAGGGCGUCAAUUUUACAUUUGUGCCGCUGGAGUUGCGUGUGUUGGUGGUGAAUGUGAUUAGCUUGGGCUGGAACUGCUUCCUCAGCUUGAUGAACAGCGAUGAGGUGUAA